AUGUCCUACAACAAGCCAGUACACCAGCCCACCCCCGCCUACCCAGCACCCGUCCAAGACCCGGGCCUCUACCACCCGAACUCGCCGCCGCCGCAAGGCACCGCCCAGGACUACUACUACCAAGGCGGUCAGGGCUACUAUCCUCCGCAGCAGAACUACGGCGCCCCGCCGCAACAACAGGGCUACUACCAGCCCCAGGGCCAGCCCAUGUACUACCCGCCGCAACAAGGGUAUCCGCCGCAACAGCAGGGCUACUAUGCCGGGGACCGCGGAGGCGGGUCCUCUGGUGCUGGUGGGAUCUGUGCCGGUAUCAUGGCGGCGCUGGCUUGCUGCUGCUGCUUGGAUAUUAUCUUCUAG